GAGCAGUCUGGACAGCCUGUGAUCUCCCCGGGGACCUGGCUGAUGGAUGAUGUAGUGUCCAUUCUGCUUCAGCAGCAGACACUGUUGGAGCACUAAGCUCUGCUGGCCCACACACAGAGACUGAAGGACCUGCGCUGCUACACGGAGAAGAUGUCGGUGAAGAAAGGAAUUAAUGCUGUAAACGAGUCCAGGAAAUGCGCGGCGCGGUUCUGGAGGCUCUUUCCUCACCUUUUGCUGUGCCUGUCCCUGGUUGCAUACGCAGCGCUGGGUGCGCUCAUCUUCAAGUACAUAGAAGGAGGGAGCGCCUCGAGCACCCAGCAGGAGUACCGAGAGUUUCUGGGUGAGGUGGUCCUCACCGUCCACAACCAAACCAAUAAUGACUCCUGCACACAUGAGUGUAUAGUGGAUAAAGUGUACACCAAGAUGCUGGAGUUUAAGUCCAUAUGGUUCCAGAGACCCGACAGGUGGAGCUUUUUUGGCUCCAUGUUCUUCUGCUGCACUGUCUUCACAACGGUUGGAUAUGGGGAGAUCUAUCCGGUUACCCUGCCUGGUAAGGUAGUGUGUGUCUUGUACGCCAUGGUGGGCAUCCCUCUCAUGCUUCUGGUCAUUCUUGAUGUGGGAGACUUCCUCGCUGUGAUGAUGUCCAGAGCCUAUGUUCGCAUUCACACCCUUAUCAAAAAUUUUCGCUGCCAUAGCUGGUCUCCCUGGAAGGAUCAAGAGAGGGCCGUGAAGUCAAGUCACCGGGCCCUGGACGACGGCACCUUUGUAUUCAACCACGAUGUAGUGAUCCAUGAACCUCUUGACAUUCGGCAGGUGAUGCACAGUCAGGUGGAUGUGCGGCACAAAUCCAUCCAACUCCAAAACAACAAAGAGAUCUUCGAGAAGAUUCUCAUCAGAGAGAAAUUACUGAGAACGGGUCCACUGCUCAGGACCAUCUCCUGCCCAGAGCUAGAUGGGCUGCCACCACCACCCCGAGGAUAUGCCAUAUGGGACUUCACAGGAUUAGGGGACGGGAUGGAAAUGCUGGAUGUUCCAUUUGUACUGAUCCUUUUCAUCGUGUUCACCUACAUUUGUUUUGGCGGUUUGAUUCUGCCCCUGUGGGAAACCGAAUUUACAGACUUUGACCCGUACUACUUCUGCUUCAUCACGCUCACGACCAUCGGUUUUGGCGACAUUGUACCCAAUCACCCCAAGUACUUCAUGCUCACCUCACUGUUCAUCAUUGUUGGCAUGGCCAUCAUGUCCAUGGCUUUCAAGCUGAGCCAAACUCGAAUUGUGAGCUGUUACCGCCAGUGCAUCAAGAUAAUCAGCAGGGGAAAUGUGGAGACUUUUAGAAAUGAAAUGACCAACUAAGUCGUCAAGAGAUUCUCUGUCUCAUGUCCAGGAGUUACUCAAGUUUACAGUCCUUGUUUUGAAACAGGCCACAGUGGGAGCUUGUGCAGAGCACUCCUUGUGCUGCCACUUUGGUUAGAAGCAUGAGCAAAAUAAAAAGUGUGCAUGUGACAAACGCUUCUUUCCUCUGACGGAAGGUGAUUCUCAAAAUGAUUUCUGUCAAAAAGAAAUUCAGAUUCUGCAUAGCUACAUAAAGUGUCAUGCCAAAGAAAAACAUUUAGUUGUAUUUUAAUACUAUGUGGUACUGUAGUAUUUUUACGGCCUAAAAACACUGCAGAGGUAUCCGGUAGUGUUGUGUUUGGCUAUUAAUCAGACCUCUGGACUUUUCAUUCUGUCUGAAAAAUCUAAUAAAAUGUCUUAAAUUCA